AUGAUCUCCACAUCCAUGGAGCAGAAGCGCCAGUCCGAGUACGCCCCCCAUCCGGGCGCCAUGUCGGGCGACAUCUGGCCCAUGUCUCUGCAAGAGAUGACACAACAACUGCUCUCUGCCCGCUCAUCACGCAACAGCGCUCUCAUCGGCGAGUCGCUCUACGACAACAAGGUCGAGGCCGCUCGUGGUGCUGCUGCCCUCAUCAAUGCUUCCUACCCAGGAGGGGGCCCAUUCCCGCCUACCCCCAUGCGCUCACAGACCGUCCCAAUAAUGUCAACAGGCAGCUCUCUUGCCCCACCACUGGACCUCGGUGACAAGAGGUCAUCCCGUGCACCCCCACCUGCGCCGUUGCGCAUGUCAACAUGUCCGCCACGCCGCAACACCGACUCUCAGCUGCCGCUGCCGACGGUUGUUUUGACCCCUCCACCUGGUAGGUAG